CUCACCCCUCCUUCCGUUCCAUCUGCACGUCCAUUGACAUCUACACAGGGUAGAAUACCUUCAAGUAUUGUGCUUACACACUCUCCCUCAGAUCAUAAUCAAUCCAAAUCCGAAUAGUCACCUCCCACCGAACUCAAAACAAACACUUAAUACUCCUUAUCAGCUGUAUACACCACACAACAUAAACAAGCAGCCCUCCACCACCACCAUUACCAACAGUACCUACCUAGUACAACCCAAAAUGGGCGACCACACCCUCUUCUUCUACGGAACCCUAAUGUCCCCCCAAAUCCUGCACCGAGUAAUCCACGGCCGCGCCACACCGGAACCCUGGCAACGAGCGUACCUCACCAUCCGGCCCGCGGUCCUCCCCAACUACCGGCGGCACCGGGUGCGGCACGCCGACUAUCCGGGGAUUGUAGCCGUGGCUGUGGGCUCUGGCUCUGGCUCUGGGGGAGGCUCCGCCUCGGUGCUGGGGACGUUGGUGACCGGGUUGACGGAGGGGGAUGUUUAUCGGUUGGAUUUGUUUGAGGGGAAUGAAUAUACCAAGGUCAAGGUCAAGGUUAAGGUUGGGGUUAAGGGGAAGGGGGAGGGGCACGGGGCUAAUGGGGUUGGGGAUGAGGAGGAGGAUGUACGGGUGGGGUUGGAGGGGUUGGAGGGCACUGCUACUGCACCUGACGGGGCAGAAGCAGAAGCAGAAGCAGAAGCAGAAGUCGAGGCGCUGACGUAUGUCUGGACGGCCGGGAGGGAGCGGUUGGAGGAUGCCGAGUGGGAUUUCGAGGCCUUCAAGAGGGAUAAGAUGGCUUGGUGGGUCGAGGCGGAUGAGCGGGAUUGGUGA